GUCGGAAGGUUUACCGGGAGUUAAAAAGGGGACAACUGAGCUUGCGGCUGUUGUGAACUUGUGGCGCGGCGAUGUCUCCUCUCAGUUCCGCUCAACGCUAACCGGCACAGACAGACAAAGACUCUCUCCUCCACAUAGCUUCAGAAUGUCAAUAGCCGCAGAGUUCGCCUCCAACGUCCUCCACGCCCUCAGCACCGCCGAAAUCCGUAAAAAGGUCACCAACGACGCCUCCGAUGAUCACACCGCUCCCGUCUCGCGGAGCUCCUUGCAGCAUGUCUCGGCCACACUGGAAAGAGGGAUCGCCGACGUGAAGUAUCAAAUGGAGGCGCAUGUCACAGCGCAUUUCGAGCACUUCAAAACACAAGCGGAGCAGGCUACCGCGAUUAUCAGCGAGACGCGGGAGUUGUCGGAAGAGCUGGAACGGUUGAAUCGUGAAGUGGAGGAUGCAGAGGAAGGAUUGUACGCCCAAGUACAAAGGGUUUUGAAGGAGCAGGAUGGCAUCACGACGGAUUUGGCGGUGGUUGACCUUGCCAUUGAUGUCAGCCGGAAGAUUUCCGAGUCCAAUACGCUCUUUGGAGUAUACGAUGACCAGAUAGCUCGAUCACAGUAUACGAAUGCCUUUGCGUCUGCCACCAAAAUGAACGAGGUUGUAAAGUCAUUACCAACGUGGGACAGCGUCGCCAUAUUGGAUAUCUUGACCCAGCGGAACGAGUCGAUUGCUGAAGACAUCCGGAGCCGACUGGAGUACAUUGUAUCGCAGGCGCUUUCAAUCGAGUUGGAGCAAGGAAGGACAACAAUACGUGUGAAUGAGUCGGUGAGCGCUCCUGGUCUCGGUCCUGAGCCGGUCAAACUAUCGACUGCAUUGUCUGCCAUCGACCAGCAGCACGCGGAGAAAGCAUACCUCCAGCCGUUCGCACGGAUGCUGUACAAACGCGUGAUUGACCCAUUACUGAAGGACUCGAGAUGGAAGAUCGACGCCGACGCCCACCCUCGCGGGCCGUUGCAUGUCGUAUACGUCGAAGGGCCAUACACCGCAUGGCCGAGCCUGCCCCAGGGUGCCUUGUUUCGGGAACUGGAGAAGCUCUUUCGAUACCUGCAAACAUCUCUAGAUUUUGGAGAUCAUACGAAUCACGCGGAAGCGCUGUUCAGGGUGAUGGGAACGACGUUCUGGCCGCAGAUAUCUGCAUACAUUAUAGGAAACUACCUGCAACCCAUGGUACCGGAUACUGUGGAGUCUCUCAAUGCGUUUGAGCCUUUGGCCGAAGAUUGCAUGAAGUUCGAGGCGGAAAUGAAACGGAUAGGUCUUGUCCCGCAUGGCGGUGAAUCCCUCGUGGCGUUCUGCAAGGAUCUCGAGAGUCACUACGUCACGAAACGGCAUUUCGGGCUAAUGAACCACGCUCGUGUGCUCAUAACAGCAAAAGAUUAUACCACCGUAGUUCUCAAGCCACCCGGGAAACUCCUCCUCUCCAACCUUAUCGACCUGCCAACGAAGCCGGUUACCUCUACCGAAGUCGACCCGGCACUCCAAAAGGGCCUCUUCAUCUUACCACCAUGCGUGAUAACAAACACAGCCAAAAAAGUGAUGGAUCUCGCCAAAGAAGCCGUCGCAGAAGCUCAAAAGCUGAGUCCACCAAGUAAAAGCCGCCUGCAGCGCAGCGCGCGAGCGAUCCUCGAUUUUUACCGCGCCAGCGUGCCUGCGUACUCUGCCCAGCGGCUUGCGACGAUCCCGCAGAUGCCGAUGGUGUUGCAAAAUGACUGCAUGUACUUUGCGCAUGAGCUGUUGGUUAUGACGUGGCGGGAUCGGGGUGUUGAUGGGACGGCUUCUGGGGGGGAGGUGCCGAGUAUCAGCUUUGUGGAUCUUGUGGGCAUGUUCAAGAUGUUGGGGGAGCGGGCGGUGCAGGACGAGAUGGUUCGGCAAAAGACUAACCUGAACGAUAUCAUUGAGAGCGCCGAGAGGUUUGACGUCUUGAAUGAUCACCGACGAGAUAUCGUUGAGCGGGUCAUCAAGCAGCUCGUGCAUCAUCUCACGCUCCUGAGUAACGUCUGGAAGCCCGUCCUCCCCCCCGCAAUGUACAUCAACACCAUCUCCACCCUAAUCUCCCACUGCACAAAGCUCGUCUCCCUCGAAGUCCUCUAUCUGGUCGACAUUGGCGAACAAGAGUCCCGGACCCUGCACGGUCUGCUCACCAGCCUCGCCAACGGCAUCCAACCGCUCACAUCCCCAUUCAAACCACAAGACGUGGUAGAGGACUACGACCGGUUCUACAACGUCACGCGGAUCCUGGACGCGAGUUUUGCGGAUAUUAUGGGAUGGUUUAGGAAUGGCGAGUUGACGAGUUUGGAGAGGAGGGAGAUUGUGGGGCUUGUGAGGGCGUUGUUUGCGGAUACGCCGUUGAGGAGGGCGAAUUUGGAGGAGAUUGGGGGGUGAGGGUUGGGAUUUUGGGUGGGUCUCG